CGCCUCGCCUCGCCUCCUCCGCCCAGACCGUCGUCGUUCUCAAUGCCUAAACGCGUCCUCCUCCUCCUCGCCGUCGUCCUCGGCGUCGCUGUCCUCUCCCUCUCCGCGCCCCUCGUCGCCGCCGCGGUGGCUGCCGGAGACCAGGACCCCGAUGGCGCCGCCGGCGACAACGCCACCGCCCGUUUGGAUCGCCGCACCAAGAUGUUCCUCCGCACGGCCGGGGCGAGCGGCGGGGGCGCCACGGAGACGGAGAUGGAGAAGGCCGGGCUGGGGCUCUUCGACGCCUUCUUCGCUAGCCUCUCCAUGAUUAUCGUCAGCGAGAUUGGAGAUGAGACCUUCAUCAUCGCGGCGCUGAUGGCGAUGCGGCACCCUAAAUCCACCGUGCUCUCAGGCGCGUUGUCGGCGCUGGUCGUUAUGACAAUAUUGUCGACCGGGCUUGGAAGGAUUGUUCCAAAUUUGAUAUCGAGGAAGCACACUAACAGUGCGGCAACUGUCCUUUAUGCAUUCUUUGGGCUACGGUUGCUGUACAUUGCUUGGAGGUCAGAUUCUAAGGCAUCACAGAAGAAGGAAAUUGAAGAAGUAGAGGAAAAGUUGGAAGCAGGACAAGGGAAAUCAACAUUUAGACGCAUCUUCUCGAGGUUCUGUACUCCUAUUUUCUUGGAGUCAUUUGUGUUGACCUUCCUGGCGGAGUGGGGCGACCGAAGUCAGAUCGCCACGAUUGCGUUGGCUACGCACAAAAAUGCGGUAGGGGUUGCCGUGGGAGCUACCUUGGGACACACCAUCUGCACAUCAUUCGCUGUGGUGGGUGGCAGCAUGCUGGCGUCCAAGAUAUCUCAGGGCACGGUGGCCACCAUUGGAGGCCUCCUCUUCCUUGGCUUCUCUUUGUCAUCAUACUUCUACCCACCCUUGUGAUUAACACCCUAAUUGACAUCUCUCCUGCUCCUGCAGCUAGCUUAAUUCUCUCCUCGUCAUUUCAGCGAUGAUACGAUGAUAAUUAGCAUGCGAUUUUUUGUUGUAAAAGUAUACACGGAUAAGUGAUUAGCAAUAUGGUCAAUAUACUAAUGUAUACUACUAUAUCCGAUUUUUUAAAUUUAACACCAUUAACU